GGAAGAUAAUGGCUGAAACGGUCGCAUAAAUUUCUUAGGCUUCCAUCGAUAGCAACUUGCCACCUUUUUAAAACUCAGGUUUCGUCGAAUCUCAAAGAUGGCAACAUUUUUCGUGUUUACAACUAUAGCCUUAUUGGCUGGCAUAAAUGCCUAUGGAAUGAAAAAGAUGCUACCGUCAAUGCAAAUGAUGGACGGUAUGGGCGGUAAAGGUGGCAUGAUGGACAUGAUGCCAAUGAAACCAAAGAUGCCAAUGGAAAUGAUGGGCGGUAAAGGUGGUAUGAUGGACAUGAUGCCAAUGGAAAUGAUGGGUGGUAUGGGCGGCAAAGGUGGCAUGAUGGACAUGAUGCCAAUGAAACCUGAGAUGCCGAUGGAAAUGAUGGGUGGUAUGGGCGGUAAAGGUGGCAUGAUGGAAAUGAUGAAAAUGAUGCCAAUGAUGGAAAUGAAGGGCAAAAUGAUGGCAAUGAUGAAAAUGAAGGAAAUGAUGGACAUGAUGAAAAUGAAAGAAAUGAUGGAGAUGAAAGGAAAGAUGGAAAUGAUGGACAUGAUGAAACCUGGUAUGCCAAUGCCAAUGCCCAUGAUGGACAUGAUGAAACCUGAUAUGCCAAUGCCAAUGGACAUGAUGAAGCCUGGUAUGCCAAUGCCAAUGCAAAUGAUGGACAUGAUGAAGCCUGGUAUGCCAAUGCCAAUGCCAAUGAUGGACAUGAUGAAGCCUGGUAUGCCAAUGCCAAUGCCAAUGAUGGACAUGAUGAAGCCUGGUAUGCCAAUGCCAAUGCCAAUGAUGGACAUGAUGAAGCCUGGUAUGCCAAUGCCAAUGCCAAUGAUGGACAUGAUGAAGCCUGGUAUGCCAAUGCCAAUGCCAAUGAUGGACAUGAUGAAGCCUGGUAUGCCAAUGCCAAUGCCAAUGAUGGACAUGAUGAAGCCUGGUAUGCCAAUGCCAAUGCCAAUGAUGGACAUGAUGAAGCCUGGUAUGCCAAUGCCAAUGCCAAUGAUGGACAUGAUGAAGCCUGGUAUGCCAAUGACAAUGCCAAUGAUGAACAUGAUGAAGCCUGGUAUGCCAAUGCCAAUGCCAAUGAUGGACAUGAUGAAGCCUGGUAUGCCAAUGCCAAUGCCAAUGAUGGACAUGAUGAAGCCUGGUAUGCCAAUGCCAAUGCCAAUGAUGGACAUGAUGAAGCCUGGUAUGCCAAUGCCAAUGCCAAUGAUGGACAUGAUGAAGCCUGGUAUGCCAAUGCCAAUGCCAAUGAUGGACAUGAUGAAGCCUGGUAUGCCAAUGCCAAUGCCAAUGAUGGACAUGAUGAAGCCUGGUAUGCCAAUGCCAAUGCCAAUGAUGGACAUGAUGAAGCCUGGAAUGCCAAUGCCAAUGCCAAUGAUGGACAUGAUGAAGCCUGGUAUGCCAAUGCCAAUGCCAAUGAUGAACAUGAUGAAGCCUGGUAUGCCAAUGCCAAUGCCAAUGAUGGACAUGAUGAAGCCUGGUAUGCCAAUGCCAAUGCCAAUGAUGGACAUGAUGAAGCCUGGUAUGCCAAUGCCAAUGCCAAUGAUGGACAUGAUGAAGCCUGGUAUGCCAAUGCCAAUGCCAAUGAUGGACAUGAUGAAGCCUGGUAUGCCAAUGCAAAUGCCAAUGAUGGACAUGAUGAAGCCUGGUAUGCCAAUGCCCAUGCCAAUGAAGAAAGUAUAUUAA